AUGCAAGCUCCCCCAACUCCGCCAUCGCCUUCCCAAGCUGCAGCUGCAGCGCUUAGAGUUUCUCUCGCAUGCGUGCCCUGCCGAAGUAGGCAUGUACGGUGUGACGGAAAGAAGCCGCAGUGCAGGCGCUGCUCUUCGGAGGGCAAAUGGUGCAUCUACGAACAGUCUCGCAGGGGUGGUCUCACUCGCGCCGCUUUAGCUGCACGGCGUGAAGCUACCGCAGGUCAACGACGACGUCCUGCAAGUACACAAAUCAACCUUGAGUCGUCUCGAUCUCAAACAUCAUCCAUGACCAAUGCUGCUCCUGACCUGUCGGUAUUGGCCGGAUUCUCGUUUGAUAAGUCUCUGGCUUCUGUGGAUUCAAACCUGAGCACCGAUGAGUCAACGGGAUCGACCACAUCCAUAGACGCGAGCGGAGAUCCCUUGCUAGACCUCUACUACAAGUACUUUCAACGGCUCCAUCCUUUCGUUCUACCACAAAGGCACUUUUCCAGGCUUUUAGCAGACCCAGCUAACUACGAGAAAUUAAAACCACUGAUUGCGAUGAUGAAGUUCAUCGGGUCGCUCUAUGCCGAGUGUGAGAAUUGCCGUGAGCUGAAAGCCGUUGCUUCAGCUCUCCGAAGCGAGAGGCAGAAAAAUUCACUGAAGCCAGAUGGGUUUUUGGUGCAAUGUCAUCUUCUCUCUUCCAUGGCGCUGUACUGGUUUGGUGAAGAAUCGGAAUCUCGUGAAGAAAUGGCCAAUGCUAUCAAUCUUGCGUUGGAGCUGGGCAUGCACAAUCGACAUUUCGCUGCUGCCAAUUGCUAUGGCGAUGCGGUUCUACAGGAAAGCUGGCGAAGAACGUGGUGGACGAUAUAUGUGAUAGACGCCUUUUACGCAGCCAUGACUCACGUCACGACAUUUCCUACCUGUGACAUUGAGGCGACGACAGAGUUGCCAUGUGAAGAAGAAGAUUAUGAAUCCGGGGUAAUACCCUUUCCAAUGACGCUGGAUGAUUUCAAUUCUCGCGAAUUUGCAGCCGAAAGUUAUGUUUACUCCUCGUUUGCGUAUCUGAUCGGGGCGACCCAUGGCGUUUCCUCGGCAAUAUCGAAAGGGUCAUCUGAAUUUUCUGAGCGCUCAUCCCAGAUGGUACUUGCCGAGGUGGAUGCAGUUGUCGAUGGAUGGCUACUCCUUCUUCCCGACUCGAAGCGGCAAAUUAUAUCUAAGAGUGGAGAGGUUGAUGAGCUCAUGUAUCAGGCACAAAUGGCGAUUCACGCAGCAAUGGUUGGCGCACACCGACGCUUCUCAGAACUGUACUUCGAUCCUGUUGAGACAGUUUCAGGCUGUACGCCAACACCGCCCGAAUGCAAGUCUCGAUAUCGGGUCGAGUACGAGAACAUUCACACCAGACGCUGUCUGAAAGCUAUCGAGGGGCAGGUUCAGCUCAUGGCCGUCCCAACACGACCAUGGCUUCACAGUCCUUUUGUGGCAUGUAUGGUCGUGACUGGUACCAUUUCGCUGCUUUCUGCCUGCAGAUUCUACUUUACUGGGCACAGACUCACUAUUGCACGAGCUCAGAUUCGAAUGACGAUUGGCUAUCUCAAAUCUCUUGCCCAAAUAUGGCCUCGAGCACAACAGAGCAUGCAAGAAGUACAGGUCAUAGCUCGAGAGGUGCUAAUGCUGUCGGGAAAAGACGGUCAUUCCUCAUCGCAGCUUAGAAUCACUAAUCAAUGUGGGCCAACAUCUCUAGACACAAGUAUGGAUCAGUAUCGAUCAGUACGCGGUGAAUCAAUACCUGGGAUGGAUGGGUUUCAGUCGUUAUUCGACUUUGGAGACUUUUGUGCAGAUACGUCAUGGCUGAGUGGGAGUUAAUAAAGGCGAUAGAUCUCCUCGUGUACAUUAAAAAUAUAAUGCGAACCAUGACUGCCUUGAUAUAC